GGCUCUCCACGCUCUGCUUCCGGCUUGGCGGCGCCGUCUGGGGCCUCACGUCAGGUUGGAGGCUCGUGCGGCGGCUGGCGGGGCGGAGGGGGACUCGGAUUGCGCAGAGGACCCAGGAUAAACCAGAAGAUUCACCAUCGCUUCUAUGGCUGCCUCCCAAACUUCACAAACUGUUGCCUCUCACGUUCCUUUUGCAGAUUUAUGUUCAACUUUAGAACGAAUACAGAAAAGUAAAGGACGGGCAGAAAAAAUCAGACACUUCAAAGAAUUUUUAGAUUCUUGGAGAAAAUUUCACGAUGCCCUUCAUAAGAACCAAAAAGAUGUCACAGACUCGUUUUAUCCAGCCAUGAGACUUAUCCUUCCUCAGCUGGAAAGAGAGAGAAUGGCCUAUGGAAUCAAAGAGACUAUGCUUGCUAAGCUUUACAUUGAACUGCUUAACCUACCCAGAGAAGGAAAGGACGCCCUUAAGCUCCUGAAUUACAGGACGCCUACUGGAGCUCGUGCAGACGCCGGAGACUUCGCGAUGAUUGCGUACUUUGUGUUGAAGCCCAGAUGUUUGCAGAAAGGCAGUUUAACCGUCCAGCAAGUAAAUGACAUUUUAGACUCCAUUGCCAGCAAUAAUUCUGCCAAAAGGAAGGACCUGGUAAAGAAGAGUGUUCUUCAGCUUAUAACUCAGAGUUCAGCACUUGAACAGAAGUGGCUGAUACGGAUGAUUGUAAAGGACCUCAAGCUUGGUUUUAGUCAGAAGACUAUAUUUUCUAUUUUUCAUAAUGAUGCGGAGGAGUUGCACAGUGUCACCACAGAUUUGGAGAAAGUCUGUAGGCAGCUGCAUGACCCUUUGGUCGGACUCAGUGACAUUUCUAUCACUUUAUUCUCAGCCUUUAAACCAAUGCUGGCUGCCAUAGCGGAUAUUGAGCGAAUCGAGAAGGACAUGAAACACCAGAGUUUCUACAUCGAAACCAAGCUAGACGGCGAGCGCAUGCAGAUGCACAAAGACGGGGAUGUGUACCAGUACUUCUCGCGAAACGGGUACAACUACGAGGACCAGUUUGGUGCUUCCCCACAGGAAGGCUCUCUGACGCCGUUCAUUCACAGUACAUUCAAGCCAGACGUGCAGAACUGUAUCCUGGACGGUGAGAUGAUGGCCUACAACCCUCAUACGCAAACGUUUAUGCAGAAGGGGAAUAAGUUUGAUAUUAAACGAAUGGUUGAAGAUUCUGAUCUGCAAACUUGUUACUGUGUUUUUGAUGUGUUGAUGGUUAAUAAUAAAAAGCUAGGACAUGAGACCCUGAGAAACAGGCAUGAAAUUCUGAAUAGUGUUUUCACACCAAUCCCAGGUAGAAUAGAAAUAGUGCAGAAGACACAAGCCCAGACUAAGAAAGAGGUAGUUGAUGCUUUGAAUGAAGCAAUAGAUAAAAGAGAAGAGGGAAUCAUGGUAAAGCAUCCUCUUUCUAUUUACAAGCCAGACAAACGAGGUGAAGGAUGGUUAAAAAUUAAACCAGAGUAUGUUGAUGAAUUGAUGGACAAACUGGACAUCUUGAUUGUCGGAGGCUAUUGGGGUAAAGGUUCACGGGGUGGAAUGAUGUCUCAUUUUUUGUGUGCUGUGGCAGAGAAGCCCACUUCUGGGGAAAAACCAUCAGUGUUUCAUACUCUCUGUCGUGUUGGCUCAGGUUACACCAUGAAAGAACUGUAUGACCUGGGUUUGAAAUUGGCCAAACACUGGAAGCCUUUUCACAAGAAGGCUCCGCCCAGCAGCAUUUUAUGUGGAACAGAGAAGCCAGAGGUGUACAUUGAACCUUGCCACUCGGUCAUUGUUCAGGUUAAGGCCGCAGAGAUCGUCCCCAGUGACAUGUAUAAAACUGGCUGCACGUUGCGUUUUCCACGAAUUGAAAAGAUAAGAGAAGACAAAGAGUGGCAUGAGUGCACAACCCUGGAUGAGCUGGAGCAACUUCGGGGGCAAGCAUCUGGAAAGCUCGCAUCUAAACACCUUCACAUAGGUGGUGAUGACGAACCGCAAGAGAAAAAGCGCAAAGCUGCCCCCAAGGUUAAGAAAGUCAUUGGAAUUAUCGAGCACCUAAAAGCACCUAACCUCUCUAACAUAAGCAAAGUUUCUAAUAUAUUUGAAGAUGUGGAGUUUUGUGUUAUGAGUGGAACAGACGGCCACCCAAAGCCUGAUCUGGAGAACAGAAUUGCAGAAUUUGGUGGUUACAUAGUACAGAAUCCAGGCCCAGACACAUACUGCGUGAUCGCAGGGGCUCAGAACAUUAGAGUGAAAAACAUAAUUUCUUCAAAUAAGCAUGAUGUCGUCAAGCCUGAGUGGCUUUUAGAGUGUUUCCAGACCAAACGCUGUGUGCCCUGGCAGCCUCGCGUCAUGAUUCACAUGUGCCCAUCAACAAGAGAGCAUUUUGCCCGAGAGUAUGACUGCUAUGGUGAUAGUUACUUUGUUGACACAGAUUUGAAUCAACUGAAGGAAGUAUUCUCAGGAAUUAAAGAUCCUAGGGAACAGACUCCUGGAGAGAUGGCCGCUGUGAUCGCUGACUUAGAACACCGCUAUUCCUGGGACAGCUCUCAUCUCAGUAUGUUUCGAAGCCACACUGUUUAUUUGGACUUGUACACUGUUAUUAAUGACUUAAGUACCAAAAUCGAGGGAACAAGAUUAGCUAUAACAGCCUUGGAGCUUCGAUUUCAUGGAGCAAAAGUGGUUUCUUGUUUAGCCGAGGGCGUGUCACACGUAAUCGUUGGGGAAGAUCGUAGUCGUGUUGCAGAUUUUAAAGCUUUUCGAAGAGCUCUUAAGAGAAAGUUUAAAAUCCUACAAGAAUGUUGGGUAACUGAAUCAAUAGACAAGUGUGAAUUACAGGAGGAAAAUCAAUAUUUGGUUUAAAGCUAGCUUUCCUAUUGAGGAAAGCUUCCUAUCUGGCCGACUUACUGCAACAGGCUGGAAUGAUAAAAUAUUAAAUCGCAUUUUAUUUUUAAUCUCUUAAAAUCUGUGCUUAAACAGUAUUAUUAUUAACUAUAGAAACACAAUCACUUUAACUUCUGAUACAGGAAAGACACUGAAUGGCCUAAAGUCAAGAGAGAAAAAAAAUUUUUUUAGCAGUGUAGUAGUUGAUGAUUUUUUAUAACCAAGAUGAAAUAAACAGUUUAAAAUUAUAAUCUCCCUACAGAAAUCUAAAAUUUUGACUCAGAUAUUAAUAAAGUACGUUUAGAAGCUUUUAAAGUCAUUAAAAGCAUUGACCUAACCAGGAUUUUUCUGAAAGUCAAAUAAAAAUUUUAAUAAUAGUUUCUAUCUAAUAAAAGCAUUGCAAGGAAAAAAUCAGAAUUGUUACAGUUGGGCUUGUGAAAAUUUAUUUUUUUAAAUUGAAGGCUAAAAUUCCUCUUUGAUAUGUGAGAUGUAAACUUUUUUAAAGUUAAGUUCAAGCUCAUGAAUAAAUACCUUGUUAAUGAUGCUAUUAGCUAAAUCACGGGAAGUUGAAUAAGAUUUAAUGGUUUAAAAACUUAACAUUACAUCAGUUUGCUUUUUAAAAUCUCUUGCAAUUUUAAAAAUACUUAGCCCAUGUUUGUUUUCUAAAACAGAGCGGCUUUAAAGAAAACGUUUUAUGUGAAUUUGUACCCCGUUAUAAAUAGCAUUCACAAAGAGUGGUUUUCCUAGGUAUCAAACAGGUGUUGGAGUGGCCUGUGUGUUGUAGCUUUCUGUACAGAGAAUUAAUAGCUUUGACUUUUUACAGUGACUUUUAUUUAUCCUUGGGUUAUUUAAAGUGUGGAUAGUAUGUGUGUACAUGUAUAUAUAUUAUGUCUAGAUUUACAUACCAAACAUAUAAAUACCAAAAUAUACCAGAUUUUGGAAUAUAGCCUAUACAUUUUGAAAAAUAUGUUUUCAUGACACUAAUGAAAUACUUGGAACUUGGUACCUGAGAAAUAAUGUGUAGAUUAUUUGUAGGUAAUUAGAAAUUUUAUCCAAACAGUGGAACAAAUGUAUGUUUUGUUAUAUUUCUUAAUUUAAAUAAAAUAUUUAAUGUACUAUUAAAACAA